GUGUAAGCUUUCCGGGGGAGCACACGGCACAUGCGAGCUGCUGCGUCGUCCUCUACCUCCCCAUAGGCUGGUAGUAUUUGGCGAGACCAAUCGACGCCGAUCUGUAGCAGGCCCUGCGCAAUCAUGCAGAACAAGGGGUACUGAAGUGACGAGUGAGGCGAGGAGGAGGACGUACGCCAAUGCGAGGGCGUGGUAGACGGAGUCUUGUCCAAGCUGAUUCCGAGAUCGAGAGAUCUGAACGACGUGGCUACAGUACGUGGCGAGAGAGAGGAGGGGAGGGGUACAACUACAAGAGACACUGGCGAGCCACCGCGCGUUGCUCAAUCUCUCUGCUUCCGCUAGCUUCCCAAAUUUGGCCGCUCGGUCAGCUGCGGCCACACUGUUGCUGCCGAUUCCGGGCCUGGCUCUGCAGGGAAGCGCAAGCGCCCAUGGAGAGCUCCUGGGGAAGGUGGAGGUGGGGCGGCAGAUGCGCGCUGAUGGCGGUGGUGGCCGUGUGCUUCGUCGCGGCCGUCUCCCUGUGCUGCGUCCGCUUGUGGGAUUGCGGUGGCAGUGGCUGCAGCGGGUGUACUGUGGCGCUCCGUUCAGAUUUUCGGAGACGAACAACAGCAUCUUCCGCUAAUCAGGUGAGCUCGAGGGCCAGCGGGCAAUGGCGGCCACGGCGGCGGCUGCUGUCGAGGACGGAAGGGCCGGGGUCGUACCCGCCGCGGUGCGCGUCCAAGUGCGGCAGCUGCAGCCCGUGCUACCCGGUGCACGUGGCCGUGCCGCCGGGCGUGCCGGUCACCACCGAGUACUACCCGGAGGCAUGGCGGUGCCGGUGCGGCAACCGCCUAUACAUGCCAUGACCAUGAGACCAGACAAGAUGAACCAACAAGGAGCCGCCGUGAGGGCGACACCACUGCGGUUUGAAGAGCUCGCGAAUUGAGCGGCUGGUCCAGCUGAAUUAUUGCUCCGGCCGGGCCGGGUGGUGGCUAGACUGCGGCAGCAGUGCCAUGGCUGUCGCGGCGCGCCUGCAUCAAGUGUCAUGGGCAUGGUGGUGGCCUACUGGGCUGCUGCUGGGCUCAGUUCUUGUUCCAGUGCUUGUCUUCUCUGUGCCGCUGGAAUUCGCACGGCCCUACCACGAGGCGCCGAGUCAUGGAGCUGUACGGAGCAAAAUGACAUGGGACGAGCAGCUGCUCCCCGCUCCUGCACGUGUCCAGAUCAUCUGUUGAUUUUCUUCAAAAAAAAAAAAAAAAGAUCAUCUGUUGAUUAGUCCGUCUUUUUUUUUUGUCUUCCGUCUUUCGACCUGUUGGGAUUAGAAUUCGAAAUUUUAUUUGUAACCAUAUAUGGUAUGAGAUGACGCGUGUUGAAGUUGAAGCA